UGUACUGGUUUAGCAUUAUAGUUUUUUAUACCCCUUUUUUUCUCGUUUCCUCUUGCAUCUGCUGCAGUUGCAAUGGAGAGAUCAUGGCUUGCCCUGGUCCUCGUGAUCCUCUGCGGUGUAGCCCAGGUGAGAUCCGGUGCUUCUGAUCAUCGUUACAAAGCUGGAGAUGAAGUCCCUCUCUAUGCUAACAAAGUGGGGCCCUUCCACAAUCCCAGUGAGACAUACCGUUACUUCGAUUUCCCCUUCUGUUCAUCGGCUCCCGUGAAGGAGAAGAGGGAAGCUUUGGGUGAAAUCUUGAAUGGCGAUAGGCUAGUGAGUGCUCCUUACAAACUCGAGUUUUUGGGUGACAAAGAGGCCCAGGUUGCUUGCAAACGGAAGCUCACAAAGGAAGAAGUCGCCAAGUUCAGAACCGCCGUCUCAAAAGACUACUACUUCCAAAUGUAUUACGACGACCUUCCCAUUUGGGGAUUUUUAGGGAAAGUUGAUAAGGAAGGCAAGGCUGAUCCCAGCGAGUAUAAGUAUUAUCUCUUUAAGCAUCUCAUUUUCGAGAUCCUUUACAAUAAGGAUCGUGUCAUUGAGAUUACUGUUCGAUCUGAUCCCAAUGCCCUUGUGGACCUCACCGAAGACGAACCUGUGGAUGUUGAUUUCAUGUACACUGUUAAAUGGAAGGAAACUGAGACUCCGUUCGAGAAGCGUAUGGAUAAAUACUCGCAAUCUUCUUCCUUGCCCCACCACUUGGAAAUUCACUGGUUCUCAAUCAUCAAUUCAUGUGUCACCGUUCUGUUGUUGACUGGUUUCCUUGCUACCAUUUUAAUGCGAGUCCUGAAGAAUGAUUUCAUUAAGUAUGCACAUGAUGAAGAAUCGGCAGAUGACCAGGAGGAGACUGGGUGGAAGUACAUUCAUGGUGAUGUGUUCAGGUACCCAAAGCACAAGUCUUUGUUUUCGGCGGCUCUUGGUUCUGGCACUCAACUCUUUACUCUUACAAUUUUCAUAUUUAUCCUUGCACUAGUGGGGGUCUUUUAUCCAUAUAACCGAGGAGCCUUGUUUACUGCCCUGGUUGUCAUUUAUGCCCUUACAUCUGGAAUUGCUGGCUACACUGCUGCUUCUUUCUAUAGUCAGUUCGAAGGGACAAAUUGGGUGAGAAACUUAUUACUGACGGGAAGCUUGUUCUGUGGGCCUCUUUUUGUGACAUUUUGCUUUCUCAACACUGUCGCAAUUGCUUAUCAAGCCACUGCAGCAUUGCCGUUUGGAACCAUUAUGGUGAUUUUUCUGAUAUGGGCUCUGGUCACAUCUCCUUUAUUAGUAUUUGGAGGUAUUGCCGGAAAGAAUAGUAAGGCGGAGUUUCAAGCACCUUGCCGCACCACAAAGUAUCCUAGAGAGAUCCCUCCAUUGCCUUGGUAUAGGCAAACUCUUCCUCAGAUGGCAAUGGCAGGGUUCUUGCCGUUCAGUGCUAUCUAUAUUGAACUUUACUACAUAUUUGCCAGUGUGUGGGGACAUAGGAUCUAUACCAUAUACAGCAUCCUGUUUAUUGUUUUUAUCAUUCUCUUGAUUGUCACUGCUUUUAUCACCGUGGCUUUGACAUAUUUUCAACUUGCUUCUGAAGACCAUGAGUGGUGGUGGAGGUCCUUCCUUUGUGGUGGGUCUACUGGUUUGUUCAUAUAUGCCUACUGUUUGUAUUAUUACAAUGCACGAUCAGACAUGUCGGGCUUUAUGCAAACCUCAUUCUUCUUUGGGUACAUGGCUUGCAUUUGCUAUGGCUUCUUCCUCAUGCUUGGGGUCAUCGGCUUCCGUGCAUCUCUGUUCUUUGUUCGUCACAUAUACCGCUCUAUCAAGUGUGAGUAGGUAGUUGGAUAGCAUUCGCUGUAUACAAGAGAAUGAGCAGAUUGGGACGUGCAUUAGGCCGGCAAUGGAAGUGGGAAAGCUAUUAUUACAGUGUUAUAUGAAAUAUGAUUUAUCUAAACCUUGUUUCAUUAGGACCGACCAGAUGAUGCCAACUGAAACUUGUAUUUCUCAGUUCUACAUUACUUUUAGUUUAUGUUAUGUCUUUAAGGAUGCUC